CACGGACCCUAUCAGUUUAUUGAGCAAUAUCUACGUCAACCUCAACGCUCGUGGUCUGACUGUGCAGUGACUGUGGAAUAGUUCCAACUUCCUCGAACUUGUUGGUUUAGUUUCGUUUCCUUCGUAUAACGCAGCUGCUGAUCGACACAUUUCUCCAUUUUGCUGGAGUCGUUUGUCUGGCUAGCUUACAUCUCCGGGAUAAAGAGUUUGGGUCAGACACAUUGUAGGCUAUUAUAUUGGUUUGAACGGCGAAUAGUAGAAUCAGUCAAAAUGAAGAAGGUACUUCUGUUCGUGUUUAUACUCUGCGCUAUUGUCUCAGCGCUGGCAUCUGCUCAAGAGGACACCAAAAGAACCAAACCGUCUGCAACUGUCUUCCCACCCUCUGAGUUUGACGCCACGUCCAACACUGCCAAUACCACAACCUCUACUACAACUUCGCCUGCAUUAUCCACCACAGAACCCCCGACUAAUACCACCACAGCUGCCUCCACAACAGCCAAUACCACCACAGCUGCCUCCACAACAGCCAAUACCACCACAGCUGCCUCCACAACAGCCAAUACCACCACAGCUGCCUCCACAACAGCCAAUACCACCACAGCUGCCGCCACAACAGCCAAUGCCACCACAGCUGCCUCCACAACAGCCAAUGCCACCACAGCUGCCUCCACAACAGCCAAUGCCACCACAGCCAAUGCCACCACACAUGCUCCCACCACUACUGCCACUACAAAACCGGAGCCCACCCCUGCUGCUAACCUGACCGUGGGAAACUACACUCUCAAGUCGGACAAGAGUCUGUGUGUGAUGGCUCAGCUGGCCCUACAGAUCAGAGUGGAAGACACUGGAAAGACGGGAGUAUUCAUCGUUCAACCGUUGAAGACAAGUGUUGCGGGGGGUUGUGAGAAAUCCACGGCCAACUUAACCCUCACGUUCAAGGAGGGCUUCAUCACCUUCAUAUUUAAUAAGAACACCACCCAAAACGCUGUCUAUGUCGACACUGUUUCUUUCUAUCUUUCCUACCCGUUAACAUCUGGAGACAACGGCAAAAUGUCUCCAUCCUACGCCGCCAAAAACGGGUCACUGGAUCUCUUCCUCGCUAAGGUUGGCCACUCCUACUCCUGCAAGAGCGAAUCAGUUUUCAUGGGAAACGGGCUCUAUCUGGAUGUCACCCAGGACAGGAUACAGGCCUUCAACAUCACCAAGGAGUGGGACUUUGGCACAUCUGACCCCUGCUCAGCCGACAGACCUGCCGACUACCGCGUGGCCAUUGCUGUGGGGAUUGUCCUCCUUAUCCUCAUCAUCAUCGUGGUGGUGGCCUAUCUCCUGAGCAGGCGAAAAAGAUCAGAUGGCUACCAGUCCCUCUAAAGAGCCACUCAGGUGUCAAAGGGCACACUGUAUCAACUCACAGUCUCAAUCCACCCACCAUUGUGUUUUUAUCACUUACUGUUAACACUGCUGUAACCCCAACUGCUCACAAACUAACUAAUUGUACCGCUCACACACAAACUAACUAACUCUACCGCUCACACACAAACUAACUAUAUGGAUAAGAUGAGGGAAUAUUUCAGCGUUGUAGACCGGCAGUUCCAUUUCAGUUGAUUUAUACAUUCAUUAAUUGAGGUGGAUAAAAUGUAUUGGAUCAGAUACUAGGAUUAAAAUAUACUGACUUUGAAUUGACUCACUCUGAACUCUUUGGCUGCUGAACAUUUUAGAUUGUGUUGUUUGUGCUACUGUGACCAGUGCUACUGUGACAUCCAGUGCUACUGUGACAUCCAGUGCUACUGUGACAUCCAGUGCUACUGUGACAUCCAGUGCUACUGUGACAUCUAGUGCUACUGUGACAUCUAGUGCUACUGUGACAUCCAGUGCUACUGUGACAUCCAGUGCUACUGUGACAUCUAGUGCUACUGUGACAUCCAGUGCUACUGUGACAUCCAGUGCUACUGUGACAUCUAGUGCUACUGUGACAUCCAGUGCUACUGUGACAUCCAGUGCUACUGUGACAUCCAGUGCUACUGUGACAUCUAGUGCUAGUGUGACAUCCAGUGCUACUGUGACAUCCAGUGCUACUGUGACAUCCAGUGCUACUGUGACAUCCAGUGCUACUGUGACAUCCAGUGCUACUGUGACAUCCAGUGCUACUGUGACAUCCAGUGCUCGACAAACCAUGAACUAUUGUGUCUGUAUUUGUGUUACCUUCUAUUGCAGAAACUUUCAGUGCAGUAUUUCACAAUGUGCUUUCUACUAUAGCUGAAUUUUGAAUCUAUGCUGUUUUGAUUUCUUCUUAUUAAUUUCUUUGUGUUUGUACCACUGCCCUCAACCCUUUAGAACGGCCUAUUAGGCUGUUUGAUUUCUGAAUCGUAAUCUAGAUGAUGUUAUCAUGGGCCUUUUUUAUGUAUUCCACUCAGUUAAUUAAAGGGAAUGUUUCAGGUUUUAAAUGUAAAGUUUUGUAAAAGGGAGGCAUACUUUUGAAUGUAAACCGCAAUUUGUGUUUUCAAUUUCUUUUGUCUUAUUUGUCUCAAGUGUUUUGUUAACCAUUAUUUGCUAUUACACACUCUUUCCCUUAUGAUGUGGUAAUAAUUUGGUAUGUAAACAUGUUUGAGAACAUUUUAUUAGUCGAAUGUGACAACCAUAAGUAAUUGCAGGACCACUGAUUGUUUAUCUUGUCAACUUUGACAGUGGUCAAAUAGCUUGAGGUAGAAGUUGCCUUUAACCACAGAUAUAGAAUCAGAUGACCUAAACCUGCCAAUCAUAAGGAGGAAAAAAGGAAUACAGAUAUUUGACUCUGGGGCAAAUUGCAUUAUAAGGGAUUACAUUUGGGAUCAGAAAGCACAUUGAACAAGUUCUGACUCAUGUAAACAUGAGGUAACGUUACUGUUCUAUGUUGCCACAGUUACAGGUUCCUAAUGUUGAUUAUGGCCUAUAUUACUAUUCUUUAAAUUUAAUUUAGGAAAAAUUUAUUUUGAUUUGUUUACAUGUUGUUAUGUGCCAUGUAUCAUCUUGAAAAAAAUGUUGAAAAUGAAAACAUCCCAAAUAAAGUUGUAUUAAUUUGUA